UAUGGUUACGCAAAUGGCUAUUGUGUGGCGCAGCUCUUUUUUAAUGAUUCUAAUAUAAGUAGCAAUGCUUGCCUUUGAUGAGGCGAAAAUAAGAAAACUCUCUCUUGUGCACAAAGAACACUAGUUUUGGCAUAGCCAUGUUCUCCGCUCCUAGAAACCUUCCCAAAACACUGACGCUCGAACCAUACAUUGACCAACAAGCGCACGGUUUACCAGACAAGGGCCGACACAUUAUUGGACAAUUCGAUGAUGAUUCCAUUGUCGUCUAUCAAGCCUAUUCACCAAGUAUUGCUACGUACGCGGUCGAACACCAACGCUUUGGAAGCAGCAGUUUCAGCUUUGACCGAAUGUCCUGGAUCAAGACGAGCUUUGCAUGGAUGCAGUACCGGUGUGGCUGGAAUACCAAACCGCGUCAGGAGCGUACUUUGGCGAUUCGCAUUAAACGAGACGCAUUUGACAGCAUCGUAGCUGACGCUGUUGGAAGUCGUUUUAUUGAAGAAGUCCACGGCACCAAGGAGAACUACGAAAAGAUUAAGAAAGCAAGCGAGGUGAGACGGCAGUGGGAUCCUGAUUACAAACCGAAUCUCGAGUUUACUAGGAUGGAACGACGGGCGAUACAGCUUGGGUUGCGAGGCAACACGUUACGUCGCUAUGCUACGGAAUGGAUUGUAUCCAUUGAAGACAUCACACCAUACGUCGAAGAGAUGAGGACUAGGCUACAACAGGCCCACAAUCCUGUGGCGAUUUGGGUACCCGUGGAACGCGUUUAUAAAGAGGAAAACAAGUGGUGAUAGUGCUCGAUACCGAUACCAAUAAUAAACCUUCCUCAAUCUUAAAUUCAAGCAAUAAAAAUGUAUAUACAUAUAACCAAAUCCGUAGCAAGAGAAUGCUCAAUUAUCAACAGAGCAAUCUAUUUUUGAUCGCUCAGCAAAAGAAUUACCUAUGGUGAUACGUCAAAACAUUCAUGAUUUAACUGUUUCUCUUAAAAAUCAUGACCUUCUGUUGUUAUCACAGUUGCAGUUGCAGCACCAGAAUCAAUUUGAUUUACCGAAGCACUGUAGUAUGUAGCACUUUCAGUGAGCCACAAUUACAAUAAUGGUCUGACAGAGGAACACUGGAAUCACGUCAUAUAAUUGUCUACAAUACAUACAUAAUUAGAAGCGUGCCUUUUAUGAGUGGCCGGGGAAAAUUACUUUUUGGAUCUGAAAAGCUUCUG